AUGGAUGACGAGAACCCCCGCCCCCGAACCCCACCCUCUCCUGACCGCUGGACAGUCCACCCCGCGCGGCCGGCCACACCCACCCCAUCCACUCCCAAGGAACAAAAGCCGACCCGCGGGGUGGAGGGCUCCUGGACACCCGGCCUGCCACCCUGGUCGCCCUCGCGCCGCCGCCCUCCGCCCUCGGAUCCUCCACCCACCCCUCGGUCGCAGCGCCCAGCUUUUCCACAUCCCCCGCCCGCCGCCAUCCGAGACAAUGCGCACGCCCCCAUCCUACCCCCCGCAGCCCCCGCGCCUCGCCCGGUCCGCACGCCUGUGCUGAUUGGCCGCGGGCCCGUGGUCCAGCCCCCUGGACGGUCCCUGGGGCCCGGAGCAUUACGUCAGCGGGGCCUGGAGAGCGCUAGCCCGAAGGGGACUGGGGGGCUCGGGCUGGGGGCGCGGCCUGCGCGGGCCGCCCCACCCUCCUCGCAUAAAAGGCCGAGCCCGCUGGGCGGGCGCUCUCAGCCGGCUGGUUCCCGAGCGCGUUCCCGGUGA